AUGGAAGGUGAAUCUUCCACGCCUAGCCGCAGGGCCGACGAGUCGGAUCCCCACGCGCAAAUAAUCACGGAUGGUUCGGCGGAUAUAGCAAAGACGGCUGCCAACGACAUGAUCGAGGUAGGCGUUGUUGGACGGCGUCCAAUGCAAAUCAUCUUUACAGGGCCGAGGACGACCAUCGGUUACGACCACACCAAAGAUGCGCCCAGCGACGAGGCUCCCGAAUCGAUGAUCCCCACCCAGGCCGAGAUCGAAGCCUACCGGAUUCUCCCAGAUGAAAACCACCGUGGUGGACACUAUCUUCUUCUUCUAGGAGAUGUGGGAUGGCAUACCAGGGAAGAAGAUGGAUGUGGCCAAGAUGGACGUCAAGAAACGAAGGGUAUGGCUUGGGGAGGUUUGUUUGUAUCAUGCGGCAGAGGACAAGCGUCCAGCCGAGAGGCCCAUGGUGCCUAUCGUCCCGAAAAAGACGGCGUCCAGCGAGCCUGGGACGAAUACUAUUCCGUUUUCAAAAUGACCAAGAGCAUGACCGCCGUGGUCUCGCUUCAAAAGACCUUGGAAAGUCGCUUGCCCGACCUCCGAAACAGGCCUGACGAUGAGGGAUUGCUGGCCUUCUAUGAUUUUACAGAGGACCUGACUGCGGAGGAUGCGAAACGAGUCGUCUUUGCCAGCAAGGCCGCAUUUCCGGGGUUGCCAGAGUUUGAACCGGUCGUCGUGAUGACCUUGCAUCGCGCAUUGAAGCGCACCUCUCUGGGAGCGACGCUGCCAUUCAGGCGGCUCAUCCCCUUUCUACGCUUUGGGCAUGAACGCCUGACGGCAGACAUGGGGCAGGAAGUGGUCGACGCGGUCGUCCGAGACAUCCUUAGAAUUGUCGAAAUCGCCUACGAGGUGGAAUCCGUGAGUUGGACGGCGUCCAACCGCACCACCGAAGACGGCGUGGUCCGGCAGCUGUUGGAGAGCAUCUCCUUUUCGCUUAUGGAGAUUGUGGCGUACUUCGAUCGGGAGAAUCAGAGUCUGCGCGAGCAGUAUGGAGGGGUCACUCAGCACAUGUCGUUGAAGGAGUUGAUGAGGAAGAUUGGCGAAUGUGGCGAUGCGACGUCUAUGCAAGUGCUCCAGGGACACAUCUUUGCCCUGGCAGCUGAGCAGUUGGUCACCCGCAAUGACAACGGGCAAGCCCAGCUUAGGAAGUUGGCUGCUAUAUUGAAAGAGGCAUCGUUGGCUUGA